UGCCUAUGCUAUAUUUUAAUUUAAAAUUCAAAAAUUGCUCUGCUAUGUUAUUAUGUUUUUUGUUUAUUUAUGACUUUUUUGUUGUUGUUAUUUUCUUCCUUGUAUGAUUAUGUUUUUUGUGACGUCUAACUCUCUACAUUGUUCUCAAUAGUUUUGCACGUGUUAUAUUGGUUUAUUGGCAUUAAUAAAUAAAGAACGCAGCUACUUCCUGCACUUCCGGGACUACACCACACAUCCAAUCAGAACAACCCAAAUUUCGCGCACGCGCAUCUGAUCGGUCGAGCGUCCUGGCGGUAAAAUCGAAACGCGAAUGUCAGCAAUGUAACGAACGUCAUUGAAAUUAGUUAAUAAUUUCGGCAGUUGCUUAAUUGAACGUAACUGAAACGUCAAUCCUACAGUUUCCGCGAUGUCACAUAGAAGAGAUUCGGUGCUCGUCUCAUCUCUGGGUAAAGGAGACAGUUUACAUCAAGAAGUUUUAGCGUCAUUCCCUCUGUGUCAGACGACAGAGGAGGAUUUGAUCCAGAACCCUCUGCUCUGUAAGUUACUGGCCACACUGUCCCAGCAUGUGGACCCAACUGGACUCACACAGCAGCUGAGGAAAGAUCUGGAGAAGGCGGAGCGUGAGGUGCACACUCAGAGGUUGGGCUGGCUGCGUGUGGAGGGCGUUCAUCGACUUCUGCAGGAGAUCCUUCAGGAGAAGCGCUUCAGCACAACCUCCAGCACUUCAGCAGCGGAGGAGAAGUUCUACAGCACAUUGGAACAGUGUGUGUUGGUGGGGCAGUGUGUCAGACUGUUGGACAGCAGCUCUGAUGUGAGUGAAGAUCACGCUGCUCUUCUGGCACUUUCUGUGGAGAGAUUGACAAGACAUCUGCCUGAUGAACAGGAGGUCUUACAAAUGAAGCACAGGCUGCCAUCAGAGCUGCUGAAAUAUCUCAAGAAGAAGGCGGGCGGCAUACUGUCAUACUAUCAGCCUGACUGGGAGAAUGAAAGCGAAGGUCUCAGGAAUGUGAAGCUUUCUAAACUUCCUGAGCUGUUGGACGGUGAACAGAAGAAAGCGAAGAGCCUCAGCGAGAAGAACAGCGAGAACAUCACAUUACUCCAGCGACAGACUCGCGCGUACCUCUCUGAGCUGCUGAAAUGUAUGAAGAUCCUGCAGUGUCUCAUUCUGGAUCUCCGGCUGAAAGCACAGAAAGAUCUGGACAGAAAAAAGAUCGAGUACUUUGAAGCCAAAUGUGAGAUCGGUUUGCAGAAGAUAAGGGCAGAGAUGCUGGAAGUUCAACUUGACACCUACACGAGAGACAAGAUCGCAGCUCAUAAAAGAAUUACAGUGAAACUCAACGCAGAGCAAAAAUCUUCAGAGAUGGAGAAGCAGGCGGUGGAGUCCAAGCUUGCGUCCUUUGAGAUCUACGGGAAGGAUUUUGAGGCUCUGGCUGAGGAAUACUCCAGACUCCAGCAGGAGAUCGCCACCAAAUCCUGGGCACUGAAAGAAUUCGCUAUAUAAAUACAAAAAAUCUGAAUUUCCUCAACCCUACAGAGAGUAAAUGUGUUUGACUGUGGAAUCCUUCAGCUGUUUCCUUAAUAAAUUCAUUAAAAACUCUUCAUUAGAAGUGUUGGCCUUUAGUCAUGUUAGUGUUUCAUUUCCCAGUUCUGCAGCUUGGUUUGUUUUUAUUUGAAUGAUUGUCAGUUCUUUUAUAAAGGUA